AUGGGCAGGUGGUAUUGGUUCACGGGGAUCUUCGACUGGUACCCGAAGCAUAUGAGUCGUGCCGAAAAGCGCCUCGUCCGCAAGUUGGAUAUUGUUAUUCUCGCUUUCUGCUGCGUUCAGUUCUUCUUGAAGUAUCUCGAUUCCACUAAUAUUACGAACGCAUACAACUCUGGCAUGUCCGACGAUCUCAAGCUCUUCGGGAACGAACUCAACUAUUUCAACGUAACAUACAACUGCGGCUACAUGCUGGCACAGAUUCCUAUGCUUCUCGCUCUUUCUCGACCGGGCUGGGCGCGCUGGAUCUUCCCUGGUGCAGAGCUUAUAUGGGGUGCUAUCACCUUCACCCAGUCGAGGGCACAGAAUGCUCAACAGCUUUACGCCAUCCGGUUUCUUCUCGGAAUUGUUGAGGUGCCGUCCUUCUCCGGUACCAACUACAUCCUGGGGUCUUGGUACACAUCUGAAGAGAUCUACAAACGCGCUGGUACAUGGUACAUUUCCUCCGCACUUGGCUCCAUGUUCUCCGGUUACCUUCAGACUGCUGCAUAUAACGGUCUCAACGGCGUUGGUGGUAUGGCGGGUUGGCGGUGGCUCUUCAUUGUAGAUGGCAUUAUCACUCUCCCUCUCGCUUUCAUCGGAUUCUUCACUUUCCCUGGCCUUCCCAGCUCUAAGAAGCCGUGGUUCUUCUCGGAUGAAGAGCAUGAUCUUGCCCUCCAGCGUAUGGCAAGGCAGAAGAACAAGGUUCCUGGAAAGAUCACUGGAUCCACGUUGCGUCGAGUCUUUACAUCGUGGCGUUUCUACAUCAGCAUUUCGAUGAACAUGAUCUACAACCUCACUUCUUACCCCACCAAUUACAUGUCACUCUACCUCAAGAAGGCGACCGAUUCCCAAGGCCACCUCAAGUACACUAUCCAGCAGGUCAACACUAUCCCUACUGGUGUUUCCGCGGUGUCGGCCUUCUCCUCCUGGCUCACAGCGUCUCUAGUGAACGUUGUACCGAUCACCACUCUCUUCAUCGUUAUCAACGUAUCUGGACUCUUCUGCAACAUUAUCUUGCGUAUUUGGAAUGUUCCAGAAGGCUUAAAGUUCUUGGCUUACUUCGGUCUCGGUAUCAACGGCGCAAACAACGCUCUCAUGUUCGGGCUCGCGAACCAAAUAUGUCGCCGUGAUAACGAGCUGCGUGCUGUCGCUAUGGCAGGGAUGCUCAUGGGCGGAUGGAUGCUCAACGCGUGGGUUCCCGUGCUGGAGUGGCCGACUGUCGAUGCGCCCCGAUGGCAAAUCGGCUACACCAUCCAAAUUCCUAUGAUCUGCUGGCUGUUGUCAGACUGCCUCUUGGCUGUGUACCUCCAUCGUCGCCAAGAGCAAUGGUAUGCCAAACAUGGGGAGGAGGAGACAACAGACGAGAUGGUUGCUGAGUCCGAUGAGGCAGAUUACGAUGAGAAGAAGGAGUAG